UUUUUGCAGCAGGGAUGGAAGAAAGCUCUGUAGUGUCUUAAUGGUUGCGAUCGAAUGGACCUUGACCCAUAAGUUGGGACAUGGAGAGUGUUUGAAAACUACCAGUCUGAACAUGCAUUGUUUGAGACUUGCUGCUUUUAGGACAUUUAGAAAGCUACACGAAACUCAGUGAGAUUAUCUGCUACAAUGGCAUCUGAUGACUUUGAUAUAGUGAUCGAGGCCAUGCUGGAGGCUCCCUACAAAAAAGAAGAGGAUGAGCAGCAAAACAAAGAGGUUAAAAAAGACGGCCCUGGAAACACCACCCCCAGCACUGGCAACAGUGGCAGUGGGAGCAGCAGCACCAGUGGGGAGGCAAGCAAGAAGAAGAGGAGUCGGAGCCAUAGUAAAAGCAGGGAUAGAAAGCGCAGUCGUAGUCGGGACCGGGAUCGGCAUAGGCGGAGAAACAGUCGAGAUCGGCAGCGUCGUCACCGCAGCCGUAGCCGGGAUCGUCGACAUAGUAGUGAGUCCCGAAGUCGGGACAGGCGGCGUGAGGAUCGUGUUCGCUACAGGAGUCCACCACUUGCCACUGGGCGUAGGUAUGGACACAGUAAGAGUCCUCAUUUCAGAGAGAAGAGCCCAGUCAGGGAGCCAAUUGAUAAUCUGAGUCCCGAGGAGCGUGAUGCCCGAACAGUUUUCUGUAUGCAGUUAGCUGCCCGCAUUCGGCCUCGAGACCUGGAGGACUUUUUCUCUGCUGUUGGCAAGGUGCGUGAUGUACGUAUCAUCUCAGACCGGAACUCACGUCGUUCUAAGGGCAUUGCCUACGUGGAAUUCUGUGAAAUCCAGUCUGUGCCCCUGGCCAUCGGGCUGACUGGGCAGCGGCUGCUGGGCGUGCCUAUCAUUGUGCAGGCCUCACAGGCUGAGAAAAACCGACUGGCGGCCAUGGCCAACAACCUGCAGAAGGGCAGUGGUGGACCAAUGCGCCUCUACGUGGGCUCUCUGCACUUCAAUAUCACAGAGGACAUGCUCCGGGGCAUCUUUGAGCCCUUUGGCAAAAUUGAUAAUAUUGUCCUGAUGAAGGAUUCAGAUACAGGCCGCUCUAAAGGUUAUGGUUUCAUUACGUUCUCUGACUCUGAGUGUGGCCGGCGGGCCCUGGAACAAUUGAAUGGCUUUGAGCUUGCUGGUCGGCCUAUGAGGGUCGGCCAUGUGACUGAGCGACUGGAUGGUGGCACAGAUAUUACUUUUCCUGAUGGAGACCAGGAGCUGGAUCUGGGAUCAGCAGGUGGACGUUUGCAGCUCAUGGCCAAAUUGGCAGAAGGUUCUGGAAUCCAGCUGCCAAGCACAGCUGCUGCCACUGCCGCUGCCGCCCAAGCUGCUGCCUUGCAGCUGAAUGGAGCAGUCCCCUUGGGGGCCCUGAACCCAGCAGCUCUGACUGCUCUGAGUCCAGCCCUGAAUCUCGCCUCUCAGGCACUUGCCUCCCAGUGCUUCCAGCUUUCCAGCCUCUUUACCCCUCAGACCAUGUGAGUCUCUGGACCUGGCUCAUUUUAGUCUCUGGUUAUUUUCUUUCUUUUGUUUUCCAUUUACCUCUUCUCCUUGCCCCAGGUAAAUCAGUGGCACAAUACACUGCCUCCCUGUGCCUCUGGGUCCUACCAGUCCCUUCUCCACAUUUACCCUCCUACGGCCUCUUCUCUCCAUUUUGUGGACCAAGCCAUCCUGAGGGCGUGGACAUUGACUCUGGGGGAAUUGGGGCCACGCUUAGACACCAAGAAGCGCUCCUGCCCCACUGGAAAUGGACUCUGCUGAGCAACUGCUAGUCAAAGAGAACAAGAGUUACUGAACACCUAUUUCUCCACGUAUAUCGUCUCCUGGGAUGAUCUUCAUUGCCUUUCCAACCACCUCUUAGUGAUUCCUCGAUUCCUCCUCUGUUGGGAAGGCCAUAGGGCAUUAACUGAAGGAACGAACUUCUCUCCUUUUCCUAUACCUUUACCCUACAAUUUUGUCAAGGCAAACCCUUAGGCCCUCUGGUCCAAGAGGACUCGGGAGUUGUGGGGUCAACCUUAAAGGUGCUGGCUUGCUGCUGAAGGGCCCUGGAAGAUAGCAUGAGCACGUAUGUGCAUUGUGAAGCCUGCCUUAGACCUCAGGCUGGGGCCAGAACUACUGUGGGCGCAGCCUUUUGCUGGGAGCUGUGAGAAUGACCAGUCCUGCCAGGCAUUUUGGAUGUCUUAGGGGCAUUCAGGAGUUUAGCAAAAGAUGGGGUGUAUCUUUCCAGUGUCUCCCGUCUUCCUUUGUAUAGUUAGUUGUCCUUCCUCCCAGGUCCUUCCUUUGGUCCAGGGAGGGAGGAUGUGCCUCUACUGUGGGCUCAACCGCAGCGUUAAAGCCGCUCCUGUCCCCUACCUGGGCUCGUGUGAGCCCUUCUCACUGGAUUUUAUACCCUUGUGUCUGUGUACAUAAAUAUAUAUAUAUAUAUAUGUAUACAUAAACUUUGUACAAAAGGCAAGCCCUGCUGGUGUGGCGGCUGCUGCCCAUGUGUGUGUGGUCUC